UUUGUGAGAAGAAUAUGCAGAGAGGAAGAGACCCAUUCGAUGAUCCAUUCUUCUCUCGCCCGUCUCAGACCUCCAUGUUACAUCCAACAACUCCUUCUGAUGAUGAAUCUAAUAGGCCAGUCAUUCAAGAGAUUGAUACGGACGAAGAUGCACCGCUAGAACCAGAUGAGGAGAACGGGGACGUGAAUGGCUCUAAGAAGAAAAGAGAUAGGGCUUAUGCUAACAGAAAUCCACUUGUUGAACAUCCUGAAGACCUAACUGAUGACCAUAGCAAGAGCAGCAAGAUCAUAAGCAAAGAUGUGACUCGUGGAAUGAAAGACAUGAAAUUGGAAGGAACGCAAUCGAAGCCUCAGAGCAUGAGCUAUAGAAGAGUUACAUAUGGUGGAAUAGACGGGACAUAUUACACUGCGACCACCUCACGGAGGGCUGGAAAUGAUGGAAGGGUGUUAGAGGAGAGCAAGCAAGCAGAUAGCACAACUGGUCAAGCAACACAUAGAAUUUCCAGAGGAAUUCAGGAUAAGGGGCAUUCGUUGACAAGGAAACUUGCCUCAGAUGGUAAGGUGGAUACAAUGCAGACGUUGCAUAAUCUAGAAGAAGAUGAAUUAGCUGGCUUUGAACAGACAUGGAAUGGCAAUGCUAAUAACGAAAUCCCUGGCUGGAAUAGUGGAUUUGAUUUCCACGCGAAUGCAGGAACAAGCAGUAAUUGGCUGACGAAUUGGGAAGCUGGAUUCCGAGAUCCAUUUAGUGGUGUGAGACCAAGUAACAACAGUGCUCAGUCAGGGACGCAAAGUGGAAGACCAAAGAAGGUCGUUCGGAUCAAUAUAGAGUGAAUGUACAUAGAGUGAAUGUACGUGUUCACCGGAUUGAUAUCGAGCCAUGGAAUGGAGAACCUCCUGGGUAGAGGACUAUACUAUAUUUGGUAGUUGCUUUAGGGUCUUGGUGAGAGGUAAUAAAAGCAGUCGUAGGUCUAUAAAGAAGGGAUCGAUGUAUCUGGGGUUGUUGUAAUAUUAAUGCUUUAUCCAGAGAUGUUCUUGUUCGACUUGACAUAAUACAAUUGAUUAAAUAGUACUCUUUCAAGCAAUAUAGAAGAAAAAAACAAGUAUAUUUAGUCAAAGUA